AUGGAGGGGAAGACGCAGAUUGUGUCCAUCGUCGGGCAGCUGGUGGGGGAGGAGUACCGGCAGCUCCGCGAUGUAGCCGGCCAGGUGGCUGAGCUCAGGGACGAGCUGGACACCAUGAACGCCAUCCUCCGCAUGCUGUCCGAUGCCGACGAGGGCGCCGUGGACCACUUCAUCCGGGCGUGGAUGAAGCAGGUUCGCGAGCUCGCAUACGACGCGGAGGAUUGUGUUCACCUUUACAUCCUCCGCAUCCGGUGCCGGCCGAGAGACGGCUUUCUCGUCUGGUCCAAGCGCAUCCUCACGACGCUCUUCACUCGCCGUCGGCUGGCUCGUGAGAUCCAGGAGCUCCGCGCCCGUGCUGUCGUGAUCAGUGAGCGUCAUGCGCGUUACGGCGUCAGCCGUAAGGCGCUGAGCCGCUCUACAUCUCCUUCUACCUCUGCGCCAGUGCUCCGCCAUGCGCGCAGCCUGGCAGCAAACGACCGUGACCAUCUCGUGGGCAUCACGGAGCAGGCUACCGAACUGGCCACGAUGGUUAAGGCUGUGAUUAACAGUGAGCGUGACAUGAAGCCCAAGGUGUUCUCCAUCGUGGGGUUCGGGGGGCUCGGGAAGACUACACUGGCGAUGGAGGUGUGCCAGCAGCUGGAGGCGGACUUCCAACGCCAAGCACAAGUUUCCGUGUCCCAGGCGUUCCGCGGCACAAAGGAUAUGGAGGGACUGCUGAGGCGCAUGCUUCGCCAAAUCGUGAAGCCAAAAGUAGAUAACGCGCAAGGUAUCAAGGAAGAAGAACCCCUAGAUGACAUCGACAACAAGGAUGAAGACGACCUCACUAACAUGCUCAAGGAGAUUCUGAAGGACAUGAGGUAA